CACAGAACCAACGAAGAAACAGAAAGAAAAUGAUCUGGUAGAGCUAUGGCAAGUUGAAUUUGCUGCGUACUUGUGUCAAAACGCGUUACGGACGAAGUCUGCUCAUAAAAAUCUUCACCCAUCUCUGUCUCCCUCCACAACACAUCAAAUCUCUCUCUCUCUCUCUCUCUCUCUCUCUCUCAUAUCAAAAUGGGUGCAUCUUGGAGUAGCAGCAACACAAACAGAAGAAGAAAUCAAAACCACCCACCUUCUCUACUCCUCUCGUCUUCAUCGUCUUCAGCUCCCUCAUAUUCUUACCCACCAGCCCCUUAUGCUCCCCCACCCCCUCCCCCGCCGCCCUACCAUCCCCACCCCCCACCCCCACCUAUCUACUCACCUUACUACUACUCUGGUGGGCCUAAUUAUCAAUACCCUCAAAUGGGUCGCUCUGAUUUUGCUCAUCCUAAUCAGGGUUGGGUUGGAAUUAGGCCUGUGGCGCCUCCGCAUCAGCCCGCGGCAUUUGUAGAGGAGCAACAAGCUAAGAAGGUGAGGAAUGAUGUGAAUGUGCACAAGGAUAGUGUUAAGGUUGAGGUGGAUGAGAACAACCCUGAUCACCAUUUGGUUUCUUUUGUUUUCGAUGCUCUUUUCGAUGGGAGUAUUACUAUUUUUUACUUUGCCAAGGAGGAACCUAAUUGCAAGGUUGUUCCAGUAUUUCCUGAAUCAUACAAGCCUGUGAAAGUACCUUUCCAAAAAGGAGCUGGCCAGAAAUUUCGCCAGCCUUCUGGAACAGGAAUUGAUUUGGGUUUCUUUGAGUUGGACGAUCUUUCAAAAUCAUCUGCAGGAGAUGUAUUUCCACUUGUUAUAUCUGCCGAAACGUGCUCACCUCUUGAUGAAAAUUCUGCCGAUCAUCCACCAAAUUCAUCCCCCCACAGGCAGAUUACCCAAGCCGUGCUGGAAAAGAAAGACACAGAUCCUUUCAGAGUGAAAGUCAUGAAGCAGAUAUUGUGGAUUGAUGAGGUUCGGUAUGAGCUACGUGAAAUCUAUGGAAUCGGAAACUCUGGGGAAGCCAUCAGCGACAAUGACUCUGGAAAAGAGUGUGUUAUCUGCAUGACUGAACCUAAGGACACCGCUGUGCUUCCAUGUCGACAUAUGUGUUUGUGUAGUGAAUGUGCAAAAGCACUGAGGAUCCAAUCAAAUAAUUGCCCAAUAUGCCGUCAGCCCAUUGAGGAGCUCAUGGAGAUAAAGAUUAAUAGUACGGGUCUGUGAGAUUCUUUGGUUUUUAUUUUCUUCUAGUGAAGAGUACAGUUACGUCUUUGGAUGUGUGGAAUACCCUUGUAUAUGUAACUGUAAAUAAUCAUAUCAGCCUUGCCCGGCUUUGCUGUACCAUCUGGUAAAUAUUCGCUGAUGUUUAUGUUUAUGCGAAGGAAUGUGAGCGUCCCCUUUAAACUGAGAGUUUUUAUUUCAGAAUUCAGGAGCACAUUUUCUAGCUUUCUGAACGAUUUUUUUGUACUUAAAAUGUAAUCUUUCUUCUUCUUUUUUAA